AUGCUGAUCUGGUCCCGUUGGAGCAGCUUCGCCAAACCAGGAUACCUGAAUAUCACGACUGAGCCUGACGAUCCUUUGGCUCUUGCCGGGGAUGUAGUCGGAAGACAAAUCCCUGAAAGCUGCGAGCCUGUUGGAUGUGCCCAUCGAAUCAAGAAGUGGCUUAGCGAUUGUGAAACUGGACACCAAAAUUGCCGGAAUCCACUAGUGAUAUCCGAGAAGACGCCAUUUCAGCCACGCGAAUCGCAUGUUCUUGAAGACCCUUUGCAUCACUUGUCGCUACCUCCAAGGCUUAUCGACGUCGGCGGCAUUUCUUCAGCGACUCUGCGGCUCAAGGAGACUGACGGUUUGUACGGACGAUAUUGUGCGUUAUCCUACAGCUGGGGCCGGUCCAAGUCUUUUCGAACGCACAGAGCCACCUAUCAAGAUAGAAUCCGUGGCUUUCGACUCGAGGAUCUUCCGACCACUAUCAGAGAUGCUGCCUACUUGACCUACAACUUGGGUUUCCAGUAUCUGUGGGUGGACGCUCUCCACAUUAUACAAGAUGAUAGAGAUGACUGGGCUAAGAACUCAGCUAUUAUGGAUGAGAUCUAUGGCUUUGCGACUCUCACCAUUGCUGCUUCCGUGUGUGAAGACAAGUGGCAACCCCUGUUUCGAAAAAGGACCCAAGCUGAAAGCAUCCAGAUUUCCUCACCUUGCUCUAAUGAUAGCUCUAGGUAUGGAACCAUGACACUGUCUCAUUCGGAUGGCCUAUUUGACGACAUCGUCAAGGCGUCUCCGCUCGCUUGUCGAGCGUGGACUUUACAGGAGAGCGCGCUAUCACUUAGGGUUGUAUAUUUCACUAAGCAACGCGUAUUCUGGGAAUGUCAGCAGUCCGUUCUGGCCGAGGACGGUUCAAUUUUUGACAAGUCCCUCAGAAGUCGAAUAUUCCUCCCACCACUAGACCGGAAACCAACUCUGCAGCUAAAGUUGGUUCGUUGGCAAAGCGUCGUUGAUGAUUACGCCCCGCGUAGACUGUUCGCCGCAAGCGACAAGCUACCGGCUUUAGCUGGUCUGGCGCGGCAAUUCCAGCAGAUCACCGGUGCAACGUACGUAGCCGGGUUGUGGCGCGAGGGACUACCGCUCGACCUACUUUGGACAGUAAACGCCAACUUGAUCACCCAGACAGGCCAUAGGGUGAAAUCGUGGAGGGCGCCAUCUUGGUCAUGGGCCUCUAUCGACGGCGCCGUUCGUUCUGACGGGUAUCAAAAUCUGGUGUUAACCUCAUCAUCAGGACCACCGGUGGAGCAAUUGGAGAUCCUGGACAUCGAUAUCUCUCCAAGAGAAGGGGCAAAUCCUUUCGGCGAAAUCACAAGGGCCACUCUCCACGUGCGUGGCAAAGUGCAGCGUCUCAGCCGCGCCCUCAAAAGACAACGACCGUAUAGUAAAAGGGGCCGGCUGACAAAAGUUUCACGAAGCUAUCCGACAGAACCUCCAAGUGGCGAAAUAACCUUCGACGAUGAGGUCUUAGAUGGAGCUGUGGUCCCAGUGGACUUUCUCUGCUUGCUUGUGGAUAGACGGAAGUUUGACUCAGGGCACUAUGGGUCUGCCUUUAUCGCUGUAGAAGAGGUGGAGAAUGGUCACUUUAAAAGACUCGGUGCAGGCUACAUCGAUGGAGAUUCCUUCUUUGCUUCCGAGUGUCUGCAGGCACUUACUUUAAUAUGA